AUGUACCGCUACUUUACAGCCCACAAUACCUUGAAGUAUGUGGAUGUGUUACAACCGUUAAUCCACUCGUACAAUCAGUCCUAUCAUCGGAGUAUUGGUAUGACCCCGCAGCAAGUCACAGAAAAAACUGUGCCCGAGGUCUGGGCCAGACUCUACGGUAAGCGCUUGAAGCAAAAGACACCACCUCCCAAAUGUCAAGUGGGUGAUCGCGUACGCCUCAACAAGAAACAUCGACCCUUUCAAAAAGGCUAUCUACCUGGAUGGACAGAAGAAGUGUUUGUGGUGACGCAUGUACGUCGACAUCCCAUCGUGACCUAUCGACUCAGUGAAUGGGACGGUACGCCUAUAAAAGGUACGUUUUACGAACCGGAUGUGCAAAAAGUGCAAGUGUCCGAUGACUCGUUAUUUCGGGUCGAAAAAGUCUUGAAACGUAAAGGACGCAACGUGUUAGUGCGCUGGAAAGGCUGGCCACCCAAGUACGAUAGUUGGAUUCCCGCCUAUGGUGCGAAGAAAACAAGCAACGCAUCGAAAAAGAAGAAGUAG